AUGACUGACGACCCUGCCGGUGGCCCUGGAGGGCCAGCGGCUCCUUCGGCCUUUACAGUUGCACUCGAGGAAUUUAUCGCAAGUUGCUCUGGAAAAAGCAAAACGCCCCAACUCAUCCAAAGCCUGCAAAAGCAACUCAGGGAGGGAGUACAGCUUGAUGCCAAUGCUGUAAACGAAGACAUCAAGGAGCUUCAGCUACUGAAAACCGAUCGCAAAGCUUCCAACACAGCACGGAGAGUCUUGAAGAGUGUAGUGAGCGCUCUUUCUACAUAUUCCGGUGUGAUCGACACACUGUGUUCCGCCGACCCUAUGCCGACGGCUGUGAUAUGGGGCUGCUUGAGGGCCGUGAUUGACUGCUCGAAGCGAUUCCUUGACCUUUAUGAAAAAAUCGGGGAUCAAAUCGCAGACUUGAAUGCUCAUAUCGAAACAUUAAACGAUUGCGAGGAUCUGUUUGGGCAUUCAACAACAAUGCGACUGUUACUACAAGAUUCGUACAUUGACAUCAUUCGUUUCUGGCUGCGCGUCGAGAAAGAAUGCAAUCGUUGUGUCGCCAAUCGGCUCGCUCGAUCGGUGGUCCCGUUCAGUGUUUCCAAGCUUGAUGAAAUCAUUGCGAAAAUUGAGAAGAGUGCGAAACGGAUAGAUCGCCUUGCGCCUUACGUGAAGGAAGGCAUAGAUAGAGGGGAGCGCGAAAACCAGGCUGAGGAGCGUCGACUUGCCGGGCUUUCGCGAGAAGAACAGUCAAAAUAUAUUCAACUAUCCGAGGAGCGAUAUGCAAAGCAGUUGGAAAUGCUCGAAAGCGAUCGGAAGGCCCAGAAGGUGAAGGAUGUCCAGAACUGGCUACGUCCCGGGGUUUCCCUUUUGAACGAGAGCAAUUUCCAUCAUCAGAAGAACAAUCUGAAUCGCAGGAGCCCGGCGACCUGCGACUGGCUGUUUGAUCAUGACAAAUGGAAAUCAUGGCUUGAGAUUAGUGACCCAGCAUCUCAGCUGUGGUUGAAAGCUGCGCCCGGCGUCGGAAAAUCAGUCUUGACAGCUUAUGCGAUUGCGCAGGUGUCACAGCUGACCCCGCGCCGAUCAGCCGUCAUUUACCAGUACUUCCGAUUUGAUGAAGACUUUCCCGCCUUGUUUGUUUACCGAUGCCUGGCGGAGCAACUCACAAAUGAACUGGUGAAACACACCGACAUGCCCGAGAAAAUACACACCUUCACGCAGCGUGGGCACACAAUUGCAAAAGCCGAGGAUGUCAAAACAGUGAUCCGAAUGCUAGUGAAGCUUGUACCGGCAACUUAUAUUUUUCUUGAUGGAUUGGAUGAAGAGUGCGAAACCGAUAAGAGAAAAGAUGAGAUUUUCGAGAUCUUAGACUUCUUCCGCGAUCUAGCCGAUGAUACAUCUAAUCAUCUGCGCCUAUGGUGUAGUUCCCAGCCUCGCACGUGUCUCGAUUCUCGUUUGAAGGCCUUUUCAUUGAUUGAAAUCACUAAAGACAUCAACGGCCAAGACAUAGAGACCUACCUAUCUCGCCAAUUCGCUGUCUUGGAAGAACAUGAUCUUCAUGAAGGAGAGAAAACUCUCAUUCUUCGAGAUCUUCGCGAAAAGGCUGAAGGCUGUUUCUUAUGGGUAUCGCUGAUGCUCAAUGCACUGUCCCGUGCGGUGACACCCUCCAUGAUUCAUCAACACAUCGAGGACGGCGUGCCUGCGGACUACGAGAAGUAUUACUUGAGAAAGAUGGAAAGUAUCGAUCCGUCACUGAGGGAAUUUGUUUCGUAUGUUGAACUUCACUUCAACCUACUUGGUUGGAAAAGGUGGAAAAAAGGCUAA